UUGUCGUCUGUACUGCAAGAUUGAUAUCCUUUGCACUUGAUUUCGUCUGACUGCAUACAACUGAUACCAGUUUCUACUUAUAUCUAAAAUAGUCGCUAUAACCUCAUUAAAAUGGCUACCCUUGCACGUAAUUUACGUCCUUAUUUAAAAUACAUUCGUAAUCAAAGGAGAACUUAUGCUGAUGCAGCCGUUAGCGACCAAAUGAAAUUUACGUUUGCUGGAGCUAAUCAGGUAUUCUAUGACGAAACUGUAAUUAAACAAGUAGAUGUACCAUCGUUUUCUGGCAGUUUCGGUAUUUUACCAAAACAUGUACCUACCUUGGCUGUAUUAAAACCAGGUGUAGUCACGGUGUAUGAAGAAGAUGGAGCAGUCAAAAAAGUUUUUGUUUCUUCAGGAACAGUCACUAUAAAUGAAAACAACACUGUACAGGUCUUAGCAGAAGAAGCUCAUCCUUUGGAAGAUUUUGAUAGUUCAACAGCUAGAGAACUUCUUAGUAAAGCACAACAACAACUUGCAUCAGCUUCAUCUGAACAAGACAAAGCCGAAGCAACAAUUGCAGUUGAAGUUACAGAAGCUUUAGUGCAAGCUUUACAAUAAACAUUGAAAGAACAUUGUAUACGUGUUAAAAUAUUAUUCUAUGUGUCAUUAAAUUUUUUAGGGCAUGUAUCUGUCAUGGUUCUGUCAUAUUCCUAUAUAAAAAUACAGUAGUAUUAAAACAACUACUGAGUUUUAUACACGUACAAUUAA